AUGUCUGGCUCCAAGUCAGUAUCGGGUGGUCAUUCGGCGGAUCAUCACGCCGCGUGGUGGGAGGCACCAUGGAAAACUAUGGCUGACCUUGCAGAAGCGGUAGACGAUCUCAUAUGUAGUUUCGACUAUAUGGACACAGCCAUGGAUAACCUAGUGAUGCUUAUAUUCAUAUGGAUUCUAUUCUCAAUAGUGUUACUUGGUAUCGCGAAGUGGGCUUACGGAAAGUAUGGAAAGAAAACUGAGGAAAAGGUGGAAAGAAAGAUAAACGAUGAACCGAAAAAGACAGCGAACGAAAUCAUCACUAGCGCAGAUAGUGUGCUAGCGACUAGUGCUAAGAUAAAGAGUGGUGCGUUCAAACCCAGCAAGCCAUCGAGCUUUGUUCCAGCAACUCCGCCGGCGGUCAAGAAGCGAAUGGGCCGCAUGUCCCCGGGGCCAGAACAACUGUCAAUGAGGAAGCAUCAGAGCAUCAUAGUACCGACUUGUACGGGCCCAGAUGCGCCGAGCGUUCAAUGGGUGAAUGAAUUAUUGACGUGGUUAUAUAAUGAUUUGGUUAUUGUGAAUGAACUUGUGCAGCAAUGGAUUGUAUCCAUGAACGAGUUCUCCAAGAAGUCGGUGGAAGAGGUGAGUUACUCUUGUUUUUCAGCGUUGCGUUAA